UUUCCAUUACUAACUACCAUGUCAAAUUUCGUUCCAUAUCAGCAAAGCUAUGGGACCUAUCAACAGCCGUAUCCUAUCGUAUAUGCAACUGGUUCAGGACCUCCCCAGCUGCUUCAGCCAGCGGUAGCGCAUUAUCCCCAUCGAUUCCCGCCGCCGCCCCCAGCAGCAGCAGCAGCAGCCUCGACUUAUCAGUUUCAUGUCCAGCCUCCGCGCCAACCAAGCGUGGCAGUUGCUGAGAUCAUACCGGAUAUCUCUUCGGAAAUAGCUUCCAAAGAAGUGCAGCGGCUCAUCCUUGCCCAGCUACAGACCUCGGAAUACGAUUCAAUCGAACCCCCCGCGUUGAAGAGACUAGAGAAAGAAGUCGUAACAUUCAUUCAGAAUCUAUAUGAACGCGCCCACCAGUACGCUAAUCUUGCCAAUCGCGCAAUACCGAUAGCAAAGGACAUGCUAAUGGCAUGCGAAGAGCGAGAUUUGAAAACAAAGGAUCUACGCACAGUCGCUGCAGAAUUUACAAAAGCUUCUGCUGAACCAGCCGAACCGAUUUUUGAAAUGCCACCUUCACGAUCGCAGUCGCCCGAACUCCUUCCUUCAGAUGACGAGAAUAUGCCGCCCGUUGUGCCAGGAACUCUACGUCAGCUUCCGACCCAUUUCCCCGCAUUGCCACCGAAGCAUACAUAUCUCAGAACACCAGCCUCUCCCCCUAAGAAAGCCGCGCUUCCCUCACUCGAAAGGAAACUCAAGACUGCAGGGCUGGUUCAGGAGUCAUUGAAGAAUCUGCUCACAGCAACAGAGGAUAAUCUUGGGCAAGAAGAUGGCGAAUUGCUGGGUCAUAUUGUUAACUGGGAAGCCUCCACGUACCCACGAAAACGUUGGAAAGUUUCUGCUUAACCAUUUGAUUUCGCAUAUACUUAGGCCUUGUGGGCGUCUAGUCCUGCUUUUUGUGCCGAUCCAAUAAUCUAUUUGGGCGGGUCUGGUCCUUGUCAUGACUCCUUGAUUGUUUUCAUCUUACUCCAUGACGUUAGGCAAAUUUAAAGGUUACUUCAUGACGCGUGAAGUCUAAUAAUAUUAGCAUCCAGUGUCCGACAAAAUGUCCGAACUAUGUGAAUGAUCAGUCUACUGUAAAAAAG